GGGAAGCCGUGUAGUUUACCCAGAGCUGGAAAACGAUAGCCUGAUUUUAUUUUAUUUUUUUAAGACUAUCAGUGCGGCGGAUGUUAUGUGGAGUAGUUGAGCUGAGAUGGAAAUCAUCAGCAGAUAAAGAAUAACAUUUCUUCUCCUUUGCUUUAAAACAAACAAAGUACCUACAUGGCUUCAGAGGAUGAAUGGAACCUUCUGGUCAUCGUGGUGGAUGUAAAUCCCAUCUGGUGGGGUCAGCAAGGUCAGCGAGAACCAGAGUUCACUUUGUCAAAGUGUCUGGAUGCUGUUAUGGUGAUGGGAAACUCCCACAUGGCGAUGACCAGGACAAACAGGCUGGCUGUUAUCGCCAGUCACUGUCAAGACAGUCACUUCCUGUAUCCAAGUAAGAACUGGAAUAAUGGGGACAGCGGUGGCGAUGAGUCGUCCUCCAGCCGAGAUGGAAAGUAUGAACUCCUGUCUGUCGCCAACAACCUUAUUACUGAAGAGAUCAGGAACAUUAUGAUGAAAACUGAAGUAACAGGGAAUUCAACCGACACCCUCUUGGCAGGAUCUCUUGCUAAAGCUCUGUGCUAUAUUCACAGGGUGUCAAAGGAAUUAGAAGUUGGACAGGAGAUGAAGUCAAGGAUAUUGGUGAUAAAAGCAGCUGAUGACUGCGCUCUCCAGUACAUGAAUUUCAUGAAUGUGAUUUUUGCUGCACAAAAACAGAACAUCCUAAUAGAUGCGUGUGUGCUGGACUCAGAUUCAGGGCUCCUUCAGCAGGCCUGUGACAUAACAGGAGGUUUGUACCUGAAAAUACCUCAGAAAGUAGCCCUGGCUCAGUAUCUCCUGUGGGUGUUUCUGCCUGACACAGAGCAGCGCUCCCAGCUGGUGCUGCCGCCUCCUGCUCAUGUGGACUACAGAGCGGCCUGUUUCUGCCACCGGAACCUCAUCGAAAUCGGUUAUGUCUGCUCGGUUUGUUUGUCCAUUUUCUGCAACUUCAGUCCUAUUUGCACGACAUGCGAGACGGCGUUUAAAAUCCAGCUACCCCAGAUAGUCAAACCUAAAAAGAAGAAACUGAAGCAAGCGGUCGGAUGAUUUUUUUUUUUUUAUAUGCCAUUGAGGCAGAUUUGUCUGGUUCAUAUGAGAAGCUGCCCCUCAUUCCUUGAACACCCUGGGUAAAAUGAUUUGCUAUAUGAGGAAAAAAAUCUUUGUUUAGAAGGGGAAGAUUGUUUCAGCUUAAAGAUACACUCAAUUAUUUGUUCACCGUAUUUGAUUAUUUGUGCAAAAAAAAAA